AUGUCAUGGAUUCUAGGUCCCUUGCCGGGGGCCGGCAAGGGACCAACGGUGAGCGUGAUACGGGUGCACAGUAAACAGGUCACGCCUCUCGAGAUCGGCAAGACGUCCAGUGUUGAGCCGGGGGUGUACCACAAGUAUCAAGUCGGCCCGGAACAGACACGCCGGGCGAUGCGGACUUUGAUGCAUGCGGAUGGGAAGAUGGCGGGAUUGGCGGAUAGUGUGCUGCUUAUGGCGGUUUCUACGGACUUGUGUGACGCCCAGCUUAUUGGGCCGGCGGCGGGGAUGCUGGAGGGUGUUAGGGCAGAGAAGAGGGAUGAGGUUGAGGCGAUGAAGAGGGAGUUGCUGGGGAAAUAUGAUACGGAGGCGGCUUUGAGAAGGUUGCUGGCUAAAUUUGAGUAA